GGCGAAAAUAUGAACCAAAACAAGCGUGUACGAAACCUUUAAAUAUGCAGGGCAAAAGAUCUUGCAGGCGGUCGUGGCGGCGGUUACUCCAAAGGUUAAUCUUUGCUAAUCUGCCAGACGUUACCAGCGCAUUAAACGUCUACGCAGUUCGAUCAAAUCAUUCGAGGGCACGACAUUUAACUUUUCUACAGUGUACCCGUGUACCCAUUCUAGAACCUCUCGGUAUGGUGGGUAUGGUACGAAGGGUACGAAGUAGCGCCGUAGCGCCAGUUGCGCUGUCAUCGCGGCACAACCCCCCACCCCCGACCCCCCCGCAAUUCCUGCGCCACCAGGAGGCUACCUGUCCACUUCGACCAAUCAGAAGCGAGCGUUGCCAAAAAAGCGUUACCUGUGCAACGUCAAUCCCCACUGCGCGUGCGUGUCGUGCGUUCUGCCGGAGGUGUUUUUUUGGACGGUGGUAAAGCUGCGGCUGCGGAGUGCUCGGGAAUUCCAAUUUAUUUUGCCGCAUUCUUUUCGCGUGUGCCCGCGCGUGGUGUGCGAAAGGCUCCAGAUGCAGUGCUGUGAACAUCUCGCGUAGUGGUCGAGUCCUACGCGGGACAUGGCGAUUGAUUAGAUAAGGACGCUUAGUCGGUUGGUCUGUCGGCCAACACCGCGGGUGACAAUCUUUCUUUUUAUAUUUUUUCGGGCCGUCGUCGUCACGGAAGCUGGCCGAUCAAGUGACGUGACCUACGUGGUGAACCAUGCCGCUCUUCGGUAAGAAGAAACGGGACUCCGACUCGACGUCGCAGACCUUGGUGGAUGGUGACACAGACGGUGUUUCAGCCGGGCAUUCGCCCACGGCCAACGGCGGUUCGCCGGCGUCGCCUGCCGGCGGCGGGAACGGCACCGCGACGGAUCCCCACUCCAAAAACGUGCCCAAACCCAAAUUGGUGUUCCACUGCCAGCAAGCGCAAGGCAGUCCGACGGGCAUCAUUUCAGGUUUCUCGAACAUCAAGGAACUUUACCUGAAGAUCGCCGAGUGCUACGACUUCCCAGCAUCAGAUAUCCUGUUCUGCACCCUGAACACGCACAAGGUGGACAUGGCGCGGCUGCUGGGGGGCCAGAUUGGCCUGGACGACUUCAUCUUUGUGCACCGGCGAGGCCAGCCCAAGGAGGUGGAGGUGCUCAAGGGAGAGGACUCGCUGGGGCUCACCAUCACGGACAACGGGGCCGGCCUGGCCUUCAUCAAGCGCAUCAAGGAGGGCUCCCUCAUGGACCGCAUCGGCUUUGUCCAGGUCGGAGACCACAUCGAGCGCAUAGACGAGCGCAGCAUGGUGAACUGCCGUCACUACGAGGUGGCCAAGGCCUUGAAGGAGAUCAAGAAGGGGGACACCUUCACCCUGCGCCUGGUGGAGCCACUCAAGGCUGGCUUCUCUCACAUCGGUCCGCGGAGCGGUGCUGGGGCCGCCGGAGGUGCGGCCAAGAAAGGGGGCCUGGGGUCGGGCAAGGAGACGCUGCGGCUACGCUCGAAGGGGCCCGCCACCGUGGAACAGGCGCCCGACAACGUGAUCCAGGCGGCGGUGGAUAAGAUUAACGCCCUCCUGGAGUCUUACAUGGGCAUCAACGACUCUGAGCUGGCCACGCAGAUCUGGGAGCUGGGCUGUGAGAGGCCCAAUCCGCACGAGUUUGUGACCGCCAUUGGGGAUUCAGAUCUGGAUGCCUUUGGCUUCACGGAAGACUUCCUCUUCGACAUCUGGGGUGCCAUCGGAGACGCACGCGCAGGGCGUCUGCCGGCAAAAGACCAUGCGGCCCGGACCGACCUCUGAGGCUCGGAAGAGAUGGGGGGAAAAGGGGUCAGGGACCGCCGGAAGUCACCUUGAAACGUGAAGCCCAAUUCCUGUUCGAACGCCCUUCGAUAGUUCUAGCCUGAUUUCGGUUCAAACACCCUUUGGUAGUUUUAGCCAGAUUCCAGUUCAAACACCCUUAGGUAGUUCUAGCUCGAUUCCGGUUUGAACACCUUUUGGUAGUUCUAACUUGAUUCUAGUUUGAACGUCCUUCGGUGGUUUUAGUCUGGACAACACCCGUGCAAAAACGUGAAACGUUUUUGUACUUGAGUCAUUUUGAGAGCUAGGGAACAGCGUGUGGGAAUUCUUAGUUUAACCUCUUGAAGUAUGGCAAAGGACAUUACGAGCCAUGUUUGCCAAUCAAGCGCUCCAUUCAUGUCAUGUGAUUUGGAGCUUUGCACCUCGCUGCACCCAACUGGAAGGUCAUGUGAGGCACUCCGAGCUAUGGAUUGGCUCCGAUUGCUCGUAGGGUUUAUUGCAAUACUUCUUCAAAUGAAAUGGAGUACUGCCAAUGUUUUCACAAAGUUGGUGUAUCGGCUCUAGCCUGCCUUCCUUUUGUUGGCACUGUUCUUCUGCCAACAGAAUUGACGAUAAAACUUGGUUUGGCGGCACAUUUCAUUUUUUUUUUUCCGUUCGAAUGUACAUUAGGUAGGUAUUGCGUACAUUUGGUGUACUCGAGCAUCAACAUCUAGGUUUGGUAUUGCCGUUACGCCGCUUAGGAAGGCCGAGCUGCAGCGUGCGAGGUACCUGGCGCUCUCUAGCAUUUUCCCAGGCACUGCAAUACAGUGCUACUAAGAAUGGUGGCAAUUUUCAGCUGGAUUCUAGCAUUACCGCGCUGUAGAGUUUUCUCGGCUGGAAGCAUCUAAGGGCGUUUGUCUUCACUCCCCGUGGUUCUGAAAGGAGUUGCGAAGAGCUCGUUUCAGAGCUCCAGAUGGUCGGAACUCUGUAGUCGACUAUUUUUAGUAUUCUUUUUCCUGCGCUCCGUGAAAGAUUGGUUGUGUCGAAUUGCGCUUUCCAGGCAGUGAUUUGCGUCUUUCGUUCGGGUCGUUCUUCACCUCAUUGUGUUUCUCGUGAUUGCCCGUAUUUCCCCGGGUACCCUCUGACAGGUUGCGUUGAUCGGCAGACCGCGGUUAUUUUUGCUUUAGGACAUUCCAACGGCGGCUGUAGCAAAGCAAAUCUGCCGUUCCGGACGUUUGGCGAUGCAUCUCUGCAGAGUCCAAGGGUUAUUGUGCAACUAGAUACUGUGGCCUCUACUUCGCUUGGUGCCAGUGAGUUGCACUGUCAGCAACUCCAGCGAAGCAGUAUUUUUGUAUGUGUGCGACUAGCGGAAGUGGCAUGGGGUGCCGACAGGAUUCCCGCGUCGACAUUUUAAGACGACAUCUUUCGAUAGGUGCUAUACUUCGUGUUGCCACGUCCGGUGAGUGUAAAACAUUCCAAACUGUCUCGGUCUUUGAACCAGCACGUUUCACGUUAGCGAUGUAUGAAUUCACUCGUCUGUCAGCUUCGAGUCACUCCCGACUUGGAGAGUGCAGUCACGUCCGUGGGCCAACGACAGGGUAGUGCGAUCCCAGUCACGGUUAGUGAAUGUAGCAUGUUCCGUCCUACAAAAGCGCACACAAAGGUAACUAUAUUUAUGCAUAUUUUUGCACAAUGCAGCUAGAUUCCAGGCAUGAGUUUGCAGGGGCGUAGUUUCUGCCUAGGGCUUGGGACGUUGCAAGUGCCUCGAAGCUUGGGGGAUACCACAGCUGCUGACGCUGGAUCCUAGAACGAGGAGCGACUUUCGCUGAUGGAAGGGACGACAAGUAGGGUUUAACUAGAUUGGAUAAUUGGUUAUCUGGUAUAUUCUUUGCGGGCUUUGUUGUUGUUGUUGUUUUUUCCCCACUCACUCUUUAGGCUUUUACUUACUAUUUCGAGUCUCUCGUGCUCACACGAAUGAGACUCCGAACCUCCCAUUUACUCAACAGUUCUUUUUCUGCUGGUUUUAUUACAUGUUUGCAGAAGUCCACUAGUCAGAGAAACCUUUUCUAAAGAAAAAAAAAAAAGACGAAGAAAUGCCAGAAGACUGAACUGUAGAGGGUGUUUUUCUUGCGUGUUUUUGCGUGUCCCCAAUUAUUAAUAAAGUAUAUUUCAGUUUA